AUGACUGACCUGGGGUACCUCCUUGUCAGGCUGGGGGAGUACGCCCAGGGCGAGACCUACCUGCUGGACGGUCUGCAGCGCUUCCCGUACAGCUGCUACGGCUGGAACGCGCUCGGAGUCGUUCGGGUCCACACGGGCCGCCUCCAGGAGGCCGUCGAGGCGCUCACGGAGGCGGUGCGGUGCGACCCGGAGGCGCCAGGCACCUGGAGCAACCUCGCUGUGGUCUACGCCUACGGCGGCGCCGAGCAGCAGGCGGUGGAGGCCCUGCAGAGCGCGGGCGCGCUCAACGCGAGCCACCCGGCGGUGGUUCACAACACGCUCGUCCUGCGAGGGGACCCAGCGGUUGCCGGCUCGACGCCGGACCUCUUCAUCCCCCCGCUGGCCGGGUGA